CUUGUUCAGGGAUUGCUGCGCGCCAUUCAGAAUCCCUGACCUUUAUCACGGAGAGCACCUCGACUGGGACGCCUGGAGUACCACACAAUCUAUCAUCGCUGAGGCCACUGCUGGGCCUCUGGAGAAUACCUGUGCAUCCCGUACACAAUACAACCCCAACAUUGUGGUCAAGUUGGAUUUGUUUCACUGUAUGAGGCGUUUCACACGGGAUCCCCUCUACAGCACCUUUUGUCAGCUCCUCUCCACUGCAUUUUCUGUCGUGGAUCAGGAAGACCUGCAGAAGCUCAAGGAUGCUUAUCAGUUCUGUGGAAUUCAGCCACAAAUCCUACAAAACAGCACAUCAGAGAGCACUGUAAGACCCAAAUCCUACAGCCAACAGAACUGGUCGACAGAGUGGAGAAAGUUCUUCGGCAUUUCCACCUGACCACAGACCCAAACAACUUACCACUCUUCAAACCAUCCAUGCUGAAAACAUGGCGUAUCCAGAGGGUGCACAUUCUCUGUGGGUGCCUCAGUGACCCUGAGGUCACAGAGGGAAUCCUGUACAGGUAUGGGGGAACUCUGCAGCUUAAUCAUGUUCCUGGUGAAGGCGCAAAAGUCCCCAUAUGGAUUCCAGUCAGAGGGACCUCACAGCAGGAGGGGUAUCAUUUCCACCAGUCCCAGUGGAUUACUGGAACUCAUGCAUCCUGCGAAUUGUUUCAGGCCCAGGGCAUGACAGGGGUGGCACGAUGGAACUACCAAAGGCUUCUGGACCUUAAGCAGCCAGAUGUAGUCCUCCCACCUGUGUUCGAUCCAUUACUGAUAACUGAGCUAAAUUCUGCUUCAAAGAACGUGACUGGAAAAGAGAAGUACCCUGUACUUCACCUCUCUGAUAGGGACACGGGAGAGAAGUUUGGCCUUGAAUACAGUGAGCCAGAGUGCCAUCCAGUUCAACUUGAUUGGAACAAACAUAAGGUGCAAAAGAAAGAUGAUUCUUCUCUUCUUGUGCUUCUCCCCCCUGGCCCAACACCAUCCACAAACCCACCACCACCCACUGCUGUGCCUGUGUCCCAGUUCCACCAACUUAAACCUGCUGCAAUCCAUAAGGAACCUCAAAUAUUCCACCCCUGCCUUUGCAGUCCUCACCAAGGAGUGCCCGCACUGGACCAAUCAAGACUGGUGGACGAGUGUUCGUCUUAGACCACAAGCGCUGGACAUCACCAAUGAAGGAGGCUAUCGACAGCCUCCUACACAAUUACCAUGGACAGAAAGACAUGUUGAAGCUUGUGGAUCAAGACUAUGCAGCUAUGGUCCCAUCGGUCUGCCACAGAUCCAAACAGUCUACUUCACCCCACAACCAAAUACCAUAUAACACAGUACAUAAAACACCUGGCUAAACAGGUGAACACAAGUUCAUCACUGAACACCAGUCCAGAAAAACUUUUGGAGACACAAAAACUGUGGCAAAGUUUAACUGAGGAAAGUGAGACUGUCCAUGUCCCAGUUGUAGAACUGCCACCAGCCAUUGUGAAUCCAGCAGAUCCAGUCUCACAGCCAGCAUCUGAACAGCCACUAACACAGGAGAAUGUACAGAAAAUAGUAAAGGAUAUAUUGCUACAUCAGCAGGAGCAGCAACA